AUGCCUCCCCACCACCUCUCCCGCCGCGCCCAAGUCACCGUCACAGGCUGGGCCGGCAUCCUAAUAAUCGUCAUCGUCGUGUGCGCCGUCCUAUUCUGCACCGUCGCGCUCUUCUGCAUCUUCAAGAACAAGCGAGCACGCCGCCAGCGCGAGCGAAAACUCAUUGCCGAGCAACACACAGGGUCGCCGGCAUACAAAGCGCAGCCACAACACGUGCACGAGUAUCGAGCGGUUGCAAAUGAUCCUAAUGAGGUGGAGUUGGAGACUAGAGGGCCUGUUGAGCUACAUGGCGAAAGAGAUGGGAGGACGGAGCCGCAACAGUUGGAUGGGUUUGCGGCGCCGGCAAUGGAGGCAUAUGAUGGCAGACCAGUGGAGAUGCCGGUGCAGACAGCGACACGUUAG